AUGCACACUAAUUAAUAUUUCAUUUAAUUACACUAUAGAUAAAAAUUGUAUUCCUAAAAUUCUGCUGAUAUCACAACUGAAUUAUAUUGUUCAUUUAUUCCUUAAUAACACUAUAAUGACUUCAUAUUAAUGGAAUUGAAAUUUUUAAAGAUGAAUCAGAAGUUGAAAUUUUUACAAAAGCGAAAUGUUACAAAAGUAUAUUAAAAAUUUAUUAUUGGAACAUUUCAAUAAAUAACUGUUCGUUAAGAAUAACUCAAUCAACUCCAUCUACUAAAAUACAGGUAUAAAUACGUAUUCUAACGGAAGCAAUUUUAUUAUUUAUUUAAUUUAUAAUAGCCAAACAUAGAGAUACUUAUAAAUAAAAUAAACUUUCAUACUUUAUUGUAGUUUUAUUUUUUAUGGCAUUUAAUCAAUGAUAAACAUUCAUAUCUUUUUUCUAUUUUUACCUAAAAUAAAAUAUUUUAACUUCUAUAAUUUUGA